AUGAGUUUACCGAUUACUUUACCGACCGAGCUUUGCGAGACUUCGGCUGCAGAGUCGGCGUUUUUAUGGGUGAGUCGAUCUGUAAAAGGUUUAUUAGAAAAGGUUUGGGAAAGGACCACGGUCUCUAAACGCUUGUCAAAGCUGGAUCUUGUUUUUGCGGCAAGAAGACGAAUUCGAUCAGCAGUGGGCUAG